GGGUUUUCCUUUCCUUUUUGUUCUCCUCCCCCUUAUCCCGGUCUUUUCGUCCCGGUGAGGUUGGCGAUUAUAUAAGCCGGGAGAGCCAGGAAGAAAGACUACCACCGAGUACCGAGUCUUCUCUCUUUAUUCUGCAGAUAUUCCGGAUAGAGAGUGGGUUAGAGGGUGGGAUAAUGAUGUCAUCGGCGAGAGGGGGCAAGGGUACGAGCGGAGAAGCGGAGCGGGAGCUCCACGUUCUGGCGGUCGACGAUAGCUCCGUCGACCGAGCGGUGAUCGCCAAGCUUCUCCGGAGCUCUAAACAUAGAGUGACGACCGUGGACAGUGGCAAGAGAGCAUUGGAGCUCUUGGGCUUGGAGCCUAAUGUUAAUAUGAUAAUUACGGACUACUGGAUGCCGGAGAUGACAGGGUAUGAGCUCCUGAAGAAGGUCAAGGAAUCAUCGACGCUGAAGGAAAUCCCUGUGGUUAUCAUGUCAUCCGAGAACGUACCCAAUAGGAUCAACAGGUGUUUGGAAGAAGGAGCAGAGGAUUUUUUGCUCAAGCCUGUCCGGCCGUCGGAUGUGUCUCGGCUGUGCAGUCGCAUGAUGAGAUGAUGAUCAGUGGCAUCGACUUUGAUGCAUGCAUGGAUGAAUGGAUAGAUCGCCGUGUAAUCCUUAUACAUAUUUCAGUGUUCUGAACAUGAACUUUUUUUUCCCCUCUUUUGGAGAAUAAUAAUAUAGCAUAGAGAGGUUAGACGGCCAAAGAGAUGAGGUUAUAUGUUCUUUAAUUUUUUUUUUAGUUUUUGAGAAUUCUGCGAGUGGCUGAUUUUUGGGAAUGCGAGCAUCUGGAAUGCAGUAAUAGCUUCAAAUUGUUGUCCGUAGCUUUCAGUCUUUUCUUUGCUUUCUGUUGAGAGCUCAUUUGAGUAAAGACUCUUAGUUA